AUGCGUUCCCGGUCCCCAAGCCUCAACCGCUCUAGAGAUCUCCCGUCUGAUCACGAGCAACACCAAAAGUCUGACAAUACCACCGACCACUCGGUCGUCACCAACCGCGGUGCGCCGGCGCGUCAUUCUCGUCGUCAACGAUCCGAGUAUCGGUCAUGGACCCGGGCAAGUGAUCAACCGACUACGGGGACGACGGGAUCGAAGUAUCGGUCGACUUCGAAACAUUGA